UUGAUGUUGACGCGAGGGCGGCAGGACCGACACGCUGGGCUCGUGUUCUCCGUGAAUCUCGCCGUGAGCGACCUACUCUACACUCUGACUCUUCCUUUACUGACUUACUACUAUUUCAACGGCAAGCACUGGGUCUUCGGACUGGUACUUUGCAAAAUAGAACGGUUCCUCUUCACAUGUAACCUGUACGGAAGCAUGUUUUUCAUCGCCUGCAUCAGCGUCACCCGCUACCUGGCUAUAGCGCAUCCUUUCUUUACACACAGCUACUCUAACCUCAAGCACGCCUACAUCGUAAGUUUAGCGGUAUGGAUUGUAAAUUGCUCCAUUUCUAUCCCAGUUUUAAAAUUUGCUUCAACCUCACAAAGCAACAUAACGAACCAAACCGAAUGCGUUACUGCCUCUGGAAAGGAGAACCAAGUGAAGUAUUUUCCUUACAGUCUGUUUUUGGCAGCGUUUGGGUGCGCGCUCCCGUUCCUGGCAACACUUUUUUCCUACAUCGGCAUUCUUCGGUCAUCUGCGAAGAACUCAUCCAUUACGGAUUUGGAGAAGAAGAAGCUCGUUCAGCUGGCCGCGAUGGUGGUGGCACUGUACACGGUUUCAUUCGUUCCGUAUCACGUGCUCUUGAACGUGAACUGGUACCUGAAGCUGGAUCCGGAAACCGCCUUUAACAGGACCGUGUACUGGUUUUACCAAGUUUCUAAAGCCCUGAUCUCUCUCAACCCGUGUGUCCACCCCCUGCUGUACGCGGCGCUGCUUGACAGCAUCCGCAGAUUGUGUGGGCUGACAGUCAGCGCUGACUGACAGGCGCGUGCGAAUCCUAUAAUUCCUGUGCAUUUUAAUCGCUUUGCUGUCAUUUUUCGUGUUCUUUCCUGUUUUCGUUAGAUGUUUCGGGCUGUCAUAGAAGUAACUUCCGAGAUCAUUUUGAUUAUAUUUUGAUUGCGUAUAAGUGUGGCUAAUCUUAGUAGCCUAUUAUACGAGUUAUGUUGAAAAUAAGAAAUGUGUAGUGAUAACGAUGUGGCUGUGAGAAAUAACAUUUCGGAAUUUUGUAUUGAUAUUGGUUUCGAAUAACAUUAAGGCCGAAAACCUUUAUUUUUUAAUAUAUCGUUUGUUGCAAAACAACUUGCUUCUGUAUAAAAGCGAGCCAGGAUGAUGUUUUAACACUUCUCCUUUUUCGUAAAGAUUGAACGUGCUCCAUGCAUGGCAGGACAACGUGCCAGUGUAUGCCUAAAGAGGAAAGUAGACAUAAAGUCUAGCUUUGGUUGGCUGUUUGUGUAAGUUUGCAUAGUGAGUGUAUCUGCUGUCUUUGUAUUUGCAUAUAUAGUACAAUUCAGUUUUUUUCCUUUUUUUUUUUUUUUUCCAAAAAGCAGCAUCAUUAUCAUAAUUCAACCAUUGAAAGAGACUGGCAUGUAUGUACCUGUACAUUUCAGAAACAGCAAAGCAAAACUGCAGUAUAUCUAGCCAUUGAAAUGGAUGUUUUGACAUCUCGUGUGGUUGGUUAAGUGCGCACUUGCGCUGGGUGCAUUGAAACCCCUCUUUCAGCAGUUCCAGGGCUAUCCAUUUUAAAUGGUAAAUUGACUGCAUUUAUAUAGCACUUUUAUCCAAAGCGCUUUACAAUUGAUGCCUCUCAUUCGCCAGAGCAGUUAGGGGUUAGGUGUCUUGCUCAAGGACACUUUGACACGCCCAGGGCGGGGUUUUGUACCGGCAACCCUCCGACUGCCAGACAAUCGGUCUUACCUCCUGAGCUAUGUCGCACCAUUGUCUAGGUGAAAUUGCUAUGUUUGUAUUUUUCUCACUUGUUCAUUUGAACUUUAAAUAUUAGCUUUUCUUAAUAUGCUUGAAGCUGCUAUGUAAUACAACGAUUAGAGAACUAACAACAAAACUGUUCCUGUCUGAGAACACCAUCUCAGUUUGGGUGCGCAGAUUCUUUGUGUGCAUCAUGGGAAGGAUCCACACCUUCCUCACCACCUACUCAACCCAGCUUUUAGCCCAGGCACUGAUCACCUCCCGUCUGGACUACUGCAUCUCCCUCCUCGCUGGCCUCCCUGCCUCCACCAUCAGGCCUCUGCAGCUCAUCCAAAAUGCUGCUGCUCCUCUGAUCCACAGCCUCCCCAGACUCAGUCAUCAGGUCCCUUCAGCUCCUCCAGAAUGCUGCUGCUCCUCUGAUCCACAGCCUCCCCAGACUCAGCCAUGGCACUCCCCUUCUGUCUUUUCACUGGCUGCCUUUAACAGCUCACAUCACAUUCAAAACCCUGGUGCCGGCCUAUCAGGCAGCUACAGGGACAGCCUAGCUAUAUUUUCAUAAGAUCAUCAGGCCCUACACACCAGCAGACCCCUCUGGUCUGCUACGUGAUCUCCCCCAUCCCCCACCCCCCAAAAAAAACCCGGCCUGACUGAACAUAUUGAUGACAGCAAGGCAUUUGCAUGAGUAGCAUGAUAAGGCAUUCAAUGGUUUGAAUGGAAACAAAAUGCUGGUUGGCUACAUAAAUAAAGGUUAACGUAA